AGAAUACACUUAGGGCACUCACACCCUAGCUUGGGUGCCCCCCCCCCCACCACCGUGCCCUCCCUUUUGUGUUGGCCGAGACAGAUUUCAUCAGGAACCUUAGAGUCUUGUCUUUCGGUGCCUCUACCUCUGCCAUCUACCUUACACUUCUCUUUCCCUACUUCUCUCUUCUAACCCCACCAGAGAAGCCCUCCUUUCAGUCCACCUCCAUCCCUCUGGCUACAGUGACUUAAGCCCCUUCCUCUUCUGUCUCAUCCUAUCCCAUCACCCCGUCGGAGGACUAGACUCUAGUUCGGACGGGCGGGAUUAAGGAGUUUGGGGGAGACGAGAGACGCUUGGAGAUCCCCCUAGGUCAGCGGAACGCAGGGCCGGGCUCCAGGGAACUACAGCUCCCAGCAUGCCCCGGGGCCCGCAACCGCCGCCACCCGGUGCACUCUGGACGAUGAGUCAGGGCUAGGAGGUCCAGGACUUGGGCGUACAGGACGCCAGAGCUGGGUCAGCGCUCCGUCCAGCGACGCCCGGAGAGACUCGGAGAUGCAGGCGGCUCGGAUAGCCCCGAGCUUGGGGCGGCAGCUGCUGAGGCUCGGGGGCGGAAGCUCGCGACCCACGGCGCUCCUGGGGCAGCCCCGGCCCGGCCCUGCCCGGCGGCCCUAUGCCGGAGGUGCCGCUCAGCUGGCUCUGGACAAGUCAGAUUCCCACCUCUCUGACGCUCUGAAGAAGGAAAAACCGGCCAAAGCGGAAUCUAAGUCCUUUGCUGUGGCGAUGUUCAAAGGCCAGCUCACCACAGAUCAGGUGUUCCCAUACCCGUCCGUGCUCAACCAAGAGCAGACAGAGUUUCUUAAAGAGCUGGUGGAGCCCGUGUCCCGUUUCUUCAAGGAAGUGAACGAUCCUGCCAAGAAUGACACUCUGGAGAUGGUGGAGGAGACCACUUUGCAGGGCCUCAAGGAGCUGGGGGCCUUCGGUCUGCAAGUGCCCAGUGAGCUGGGUGGUGUGGGCCUUUGCAACACCCAGUACGCCCGUUUGGUGGAGAUCGUGGGCAUGCAUGACCUUGCCGUGGGCAUUACCCUGGGGGCCCAUCAGAGCAUCGGUUUCAAAGGCAUCCUACUCUUUGGAACGAAGGCCCAGAAAGAAAAAUACCUCCCCAAACUGGCAUCUGGGGAGACUUUGGCCGCUUUCUGUCUAACCGAGCCCUCAAGCGGGUCAGAUGCAGCCUCCAUCCGAACCUCUGCUGUGCCCAGCCCCUGUGGAAAAUACUAUACCCUCAAUGGAAGCAAGCUUUGGAUCAGUAAUGGGGGCCUGGCAGACAUCUUCACAGUCUUUGCCAAGACACCAGUUACAGAUCCAGCCACGGGGGCCGUGAAGGAGAAGAUCACAGCUUUUGUGGUGGAGAGGGGCUUCGGGGGUGUUACCCACGGGCCCCCGGAGAAGAAGAUGGGCAUCAAGGCUUCAAACACAGCAGAGGUGUUUUUUGAUGGAGUACGGGUGCCAUCGGAGAAUGUGCUGGGUGAGGUUGGGAGUGGCUUCAAGGUCGCCAUGCACAUCCUCAACAAUGGAAGGUUUGGCAUGGCUGCGGCCCUGGCAGGUACCAUGAGAGGCAUCAUUACUAAGGCGGUAGAUUAUGCCACUAAUCGUAUCCAGUUUGGGGAGAAAAUUCACAACUUUGGGCUGAUCCAGGAGAAGCUGGCCCGGAUGGUUAUGCUGCAGUAUGUAACUGAGUCCAUGGCUUACAUGGUGAGUGCUAACAUGGACCAGGGAUCAACGGACUUCCAGAUAGAGGCCGCCAUCAGCAAAAUCUUUGGCUCGGAGGCAGCCUGGAAGGUGACAGAUGAAUGCAUCCAAAUCAUGGGGGGUAUGGGCUUCAUGAAGGAACCUGGAGUAGAGCGUGUGCUCCGAGAUCUUCGCAUCUUCCGGAUCUUUGAGGGGACAAAUGACAUCCUUCGGCUGUUUGUGGCUCUGCAGGGCUGUAUGGACAAAGGAAAGGAGCUCUCUGGGCUUGGCAGUGCUCUAAAGAAUCCCUUUGGGAAUGCUGGCCUCCUGCUGGGAGAGGCAGGCAAACAGCUAAGGCGGCGGGCAGGGCUGGGCAGCGGCCUGAGUCUCAGUGGAAUUGUCCACCCGGAGUUGAAUCGGAGCGGUGAGCUGGCAGUACAGGCUCUGGAGCAGUUUGCCACUGUGGUGGAGGCCAAGUUGAUAAAACACAAGAAGGGGAUUGUCAAUGAGCAGUUUCUGCUGCAGCGGCUGGCAGACGGGGCCAUCGACCUCUAUGCCAUGGUGGUGGUUCUCUCGAGGGCUUCAAGAUCCCUGAGUGAGGGCCACCACACGGCCCAGCAUGAGAAAAUGCUCUGUGACACCUGGUGUAUCGAGGCUGCAGCCCGGAUCCGAGAGGGCAUGGCCGCCCUGCAGUCUGACCCCCGGCAGCAUGAGCUCUACCGCAACUUCAAAAGCAUCUCCAAGGCCUUGGUGGAGCGGGGUGGUGUGGUCACCAGCAACCCACUUGGCUUCUGAAUACUCCUGGCCAGGGCCUGGCCCGGUUAUGUGCCUUCCCUCAAGCCAAAGCCCCUCUCCUUAGGGCCCUGGUUUGUCCCGGAGGGGGCCUAGUAUUCCCACGACUGUGCCUGCUCUCAAGAGCACUUACUGCCUCGCAAAUAAUAAAAAUUUCUAACCAGUCA